AUGGUUGCUGGCGAUGGUUCUCGGGGCCCUAUGGUCGAGGGUAUAUGCGUGGCAUUUGCUGUCUUGACAUUCGUUGUCUUGUCUCUUCGUCUUUUUUCGCGCAUUGCUAUCUCGGGUCGAAUGGGCAUUGAUGACUGCCUCAUUAUUGGCGCUUGUGUCUUUUCGUGGUCAUUUAUUGGUGCCAUACUUGUCGCGGUCAAACAUGGACUGGGAAAACACAUUGUGGACGUCGACCCGACCGAGAUCGUCGACUAUUCUUUUGCCGUCUGGCUAAGCACAAUGUUCUAUCUUGCAACACUCGGAUUCAUCAAAACCUCCGUCCUAUGCUUCUAUACUCGCCUCGGAGAUCCCUAUCUCACUCGCCUGUCCUGGGUUAUGAUAGGAGUUAUCGCGGCACAGGCAAUCUCAUUCGUUCUCGUGGCUGCAUUUCAAUGUCGACCCGUUAGCAUGGCCUGGACUGGCAUUGGACCUGGAAAAUGCGUCACCAUCAACCUUUUCCACCUGUGCAACGCUGCCCUAAACAUUAUCACCAAUCUCUUGACUUUUACCUUGCCCAUCAAGGUAGUCUUUAAUCUCCAGAUACCUCGGGAACAGAAGAUCAUUCUCGGCAUAACCCUCUGUCUUGGUCUUUUCGCUUGUGUCUCUUCGAUCAUCCGAAUCACCUACAUCCCUACCAUGGUUAACUCAGAUGACUCCACCUACGCCAUCAGCGGUGCCAUGUACUGGUCGGUCAUCGAAACCAACGUCGGCAUCCUCGCUGCCUCGAUCCCGUCAUUCAAGGCGCUUGCCUCUCGUUUCCUGCCUCACUGCAUCGGCGAAUACACCAGUGGGAAAAAAUAUGGCGCCUGGUCAAGCGACAACACUACCCCGCGGUAUCCAUCUGGAUUCGCCAAGGUCACAGAUCCCAAAAGCAUCACUAUGGACACGAUCAACUGCAAGGAGGAUGGUACCAUGGGAACUAAAAUUGGCGCAGCUAGCAACUCCAGCGAGGAGCGCAUUAUCCCUCAUGGCAAGAUCUUCGCUCACACGGAGAUAGAAACUACCUUUGAAAGAAAUGAUUCUAGAAGCUGCAGUUCUUCGCUCGAGCGGCCUCGUCAAUGA